AUGGAUCAUGUAGUUCGUGUUGAAAAUGUCAUUGAUGAUAAGGACUUGAAGCACCCGAUAAGUAGAAAAGAAUUUGAAGAAUUGAAUGAGGAUUAUUUAGGUAAACGAAUAGUGUCUUUAUUAGAUAAACUGUAUGAAUAUCCGAAUGUAAGUCGUUCGGAUCCACUUGAGUCAGUGAUUAUUGUUGGAGGAAACACAAGAACGCCUAAAAUUCAGCAAGUUUUACUUGAUUAUUUCAAAUUAGAGACACUUGGCAAGUCAAUCAACGCUGAUGAGGGCGCUGCAUUGGCGGCUCUUUAUCAAGCUGCAAGCUUGGGUCGCGGCUUCCGAGUGAAGAAAUUUGUACUAAAAGAGUUUGGUAUUGAAGAAAAAGUUGCGUCGAACGCAACAGCAGUCCCAGUUCCAGAGCUUGAUACUGAUGUUAUAUACAGCGAGUCUGAGUUGGAUAGAAUAAGUAGAAAGUUGGCUGAUUACCAGGAGCAAGAUUAUUUGCGUUUGCAGAGACUCUCAAUGAGAAAUUCGCUAGAGUCCCUAUUGAGUGAGGGAAGGGAGAAUCUAAGCAAUGAUGAUGAGAAAAUUCGCAGCAAUAAGGAUGAAAUACAAAAGGUGAUAUCGGAGACUAGGACGUGGUUAGAAGAUAGUCCACGCGAAGAGCGCGACAAUUUGACCAUAUUGGCCGAGAGGUUCAACGCACUUCACGCUCUUAUCCACCCUAUUAUCCCAACUUUGCCACCGUUUGAUGCAACAAGUGUUGACCUGUCUCAAGUAACAAAUGACACCCUAAGAAUAUUGGACGCUCUUAGUGGUGGAGAGCCCGAAGCUAAUAAGAAGCCCGAGCCUCCUCAUUCAGAGCUAUAG